ACACACACACACACACACAGGCACGCAUACGCAUACCACGCAGUCAGGCAGUGGCACUCACAGCGCAGCCACGGCCGUUCCACCAGGCAUGGCACAGGGCUCUACCUCACUAUGGCAGCAGCGCGACACCGCACCCUCGACUUCAUGCUCAGCGCCACAGCUGAUUGUAAUGCCAUUUUUGAAGGUCUACAGUCUGUCUUCCAAAAGCAGGGAAUGACAGAGACUAUACAUAACUGGGAAAAUCAUGGUUACCUAGCAACAUAUGUCAACAAAAAUGGCUGCUUUGCGAAUCUGAGAAUUUAUCCUCAUGGUUUGGUUUUGGUUGAUGUACAGAGCUAUAAUGAUUUGAAUGAAAGAGGAGAAGAAACAGACCAGCUUCUAAAUAAGGUAGAAGAAAAAAUGAAAGAACUGUUCCAUAGACGUAUCAAAAGGAUAAAACGAUUGCCAGUCAUUAUGAGAGGGGAUGCCAUUGAUAGAUACUGGCCUACAGCGGAUGGGCGAUUGGUGGAAUAUGACAUAGAUGAAAUUGUUUAUGAUGAGGAAUCAGCUUAUCAGAAUAUUAAAAUUUUACACUCAAAACAAUUUGGAAAUAUUCUUAUCCUCAGUGGGGAUGUUAAUCUGGCAGAAAGUGACCUAGCAUAUACCCAAGCUAUAAUGGGAGGUGGUAAGGAAGAUUACACUGACAAAGAAGUGCUCAUUCUUGGAGGUGGUGAUGGGGGAAUAUUGUGUGAAAUCGUAAAAAUGAAACCAAAGAUGGUCACCAUGGUAGAGAUUGACCAAAUGGUGAUUGACGGGUGUCGAAAAUACAUGCGUAAAACAUGCGGAGAUGUAUUGGACAAUCUAAAAGGAGAAUGCUAUCAGGUACUAAUAGAAGAUUGUAUCCCAGUCCUGAAGAGGUAUGCCAAAGAAGAAAGAAUGUUUGAUUAUGUAAUUAAUGACUUGACAGCUGUUCCAAUCUCCACAUCUCCAGAAGAAGAUUCCACAUGGGAGUUUCUACGGAUAAUUCUGGACCUUUCAAUGAGAGUCUUGAAACCUGACGGAAAAUAUUUCACCCAGGGAAAUUGUGUCAAUCUCACUGAAGCCUUGUCUCUCUAUGAAGAACAGCUUGGCAGAUUAUAUUGUCCUGUGGAAUUCUCAAAAGAAGUUGUAUGUGUCCCCUCAUACAUGGAGCUAUGGGUAUUUUAUACUAUUUGGAAGAAGUCUGGUAUUUGAAGCUAAAAGACUGCGCUACACAUGCUGCAUGAAGUGUGUAGGCUUGCCACGUGCUUUGUCUUGGCAUCUUGACUCUUUAAAUUAUAUGCUGUAGAUGAUCUUGAAACUUAGUCACACUAUCAAUUGAUAAUUCUUUAAAUGUUAUUUUAAUUUAAAAGCAAAUGCAAAAUGUAUAUUUUGAUGAACUAGUGUGUUAUUUUUGAAAGUCAACUUUCAAACUGAAUUAGUAACUGAAUUAGCAGCAAAAUAUAGCUGCUGAAUGCACUGAACCUUUAGAAUGUGAUCAUUUUUACUAUGUUUAUUUUAGAACUUUGAACACCAAUGUUAAAAGUCAACAUUAGGAUUUAGUGUGAUUCUGCAGAAUUUUUUUUCUUCAACAUUCAUCAGUUUAAUAGUCAUGGUGUGACUUGUGCAUUUGUUGUCAAAUGAUCACUGUGCUUCCAUUAAAGAAAUUAAGAGUAGAUGUUAUUUUUUUAAUAAUACUUUCUAGCUCAUUGGGAUAUUUUACAAGAAUGAAGUUCACCAUGGGGUAAAAAAAUGGCACGAAAGGAUCAUUGUAACUAUCAUCCUGGUAGUGUUAAAACUACCAUGAGAUAAUGUUUUCAAUUUCUUAUGAUGAAUCUUGAUUCCAGCCUUCAUGUGUUGAGAUCUAGAACUUAAUUUAUGGCAAAGUUGCAAAAUAUCCAUUCUGAGUUAAGGAUUUGUUCAGAAGAAGAGUUCUUAACAACCAAAAGAAUGAGAGGAAGGUCACCUUGUAUUGCCUAAGAAUUAGCAUGAAUUAGCAUGCAUAAGAAUUAGCAUGCAUAAGAAUUAGCAUGAAAGAAUCCCUGACCUUAAUUAUAAAAGGAUUGAGCUAUCUUGUUUCUUUGUUCCUCACCUACUUUUCAACAUAGAAUGAUAUAAAUUGUUACCUUUCCACCUGCAAAGAGAUUUACAAGAUUUACUAUAAUGGUAUAGUGUCACUGAAUUAACUAGUCUAAUGGUUAGUGAAAUGUAAAUCAAAAUCAGUCUGUAUUUAUUAUUAGUGGAGUAGAAUAGUAGAUUAAAUAACUGUUGAACUAUGGAGUGGACUAUUUUUCCAAAGUCAAUAUGAAAAGCUGAAAUAUAUGUAAGAGUUCUUAGUGGUUACAAGAGUUCUCAUGUCCUUUUAGCUUUGAUACUAAUAUUCCUAGAGUGAGAAAUAUACAUUGAAAAAAAUAGACAAUAUGCUAGACACUUAUCCUUUACCAGUUUAUCUAUGAUAAAUGGGAGAUUAGUUUGUAUAGCACAGGGCACGUCUCAUUCCUUUCAGUGUGAUCUGUACCUAAGACAUUUCUGGUGGACCAUGUCUGUCUGAGACAUUUAUGCAUCCUGUAUUUAUAUUUUGUGUCAGUUGUGCCCAGCCAUAUGGAUGGGAUAAAUCUUACUGACCUUAAACCAUCAAUUGUCCCAUACGCUAUUUGAAUAUGCAUGUGGAAAUUUAUUAGAUUAUUGGAUCAGUGUCUCCUUGUAUGCUUCUGCACAUGGUGUGAAAUUAUAUUUUUGUAAAAUCUUUGUUUAUACUGAUUUUUUGUUUGCUCAUUACUUUGCUAUACGCAGAUCCUGGAAAUAGUUGAGAAACAGUUUCUUAUUGUAAUGUGUAUGCAGUAAGAGAACAAGAGUGAAUUAAAAUGUACCAUCCUUUUCAGUCUUAAGAUCAUUCAAUAAAAUUAUUUUCUUGUUAA